AUGGAUCUUCAGCCCGCUUCCGAUGAGCUUUACCCAAUAGCUGUCCUGAUAGAUGAACUAAAGCAUGACGAUGUUCUUCUCCGCUUGAACGCUAUCAAGCGUCUAUCGACCAUCGCUCUCGCGCUGGGCGCAGAACGAACCCGGGAUGAACUCAUUCCAUUUUUAGACGAAUCUGUAGAAGACGAAGAUGAGGUAUUGACUGCUCUCAGCGAGGAGCUUGGAAAUUUUGUGGAAUAUGUUGGAGGUCCUGAACAUGGUCACGUGCUUCUCUCACCUCUGGAGAAUCUUGCUGCUAUUGAAGAGCCACUUGUGCGUGAGAAGGCAGUCGAAUCACUCAACAAAAUAUGCGAUGACCUGUCUCAAGCUCAAAUCGAAGAAUAUUUUAUUCCUCUUGUCAUUCGUCUUUCAAAAGCCGAUUGGUUUACUUCAAAGAUCUCGGCGACGGGUCUCUACACGGUCCCAUACUCAAAAUCAUCCCCUCGCUCCCAGGAUUCACUUAGAUCGCAAUUCUCCCAGCUCGUACACGAUGAUACCCCCAUGGUACGAAGACAGGCAGCUACAAACCUGGCAAAAUUCGUCAAGGCUAUGCCCGCUGAGUUGGUAGCUAGCGAGAUGAUUCCUCUGUUCCAACAUUUGGCCCAGGAUGAUCAGGACAGCGUAAGGUUGUUGACGGUGGAGGUUUUGAUUAGCAUUGCGGAGGUUGUGCCCAAGGACCAACAACAAAGUCAUUCAGUCCUCUUGGCUAUUCUCAGAAGCUUGUUUGGAGACAAGAGUUGGAGAGUCAGAUACAUGGUUGCGGACAGAUUCGAGAAGCUUGCGAAAGCUGUCGGAGAUGACAUUGUUAGGCGCGAUCUUGUUCCUGCUUUUGUCAAACUUUUGAAGGACUCCGAGGCGGAGGUCCGAACUGCUGUUGCCGGACAAAUCCCAGGAUUCUGUGGGUUGCUUGACCGCCAGACUCUUUUGGAUGAGAUCAUGGGAGCUGUUGAGGACUUGGUCAGCGAUGGCUCCCAGCAUGUCAGGGCCUCUCUGGGCACGCAAAUCAGUGGACUUGCCCCCAUUCUUGGAAAGGACGAAACAAUUGCGCACCUCCUGCCAAUGUUCCUACAGAUGCUCAAGGACGAAUUUCCCGAUGUGCGUCUACACAUCAUCUCAAAACUGGAGCUUGUAAAUGAUGUUAUCGGUAUUGAGCUUCUUUCUCAAUCCCUCCUUCCAGCUAUCGUCCAAUUGGCCGAAGAUAAACAGUGGCGAGUAAGAUUGGCGAUCAUUGAAUACAUUCCCCUCCUCGCCAAACAGCUAGGCGUAGAAUUUUUCGAUGAGAAGCUCGGAAACUUGUGCAUGAGCUGGUUGGGAGACACUGUCUUUUCAAUCCGUGAAGCUGCAACUCAAAACCUGAAAAAGUUGACAGAGGUGUUUGGCGUUGAAUGGGCUAGACAGACUAUCAUCCCUAAAGUUAUGGCUAUGGGCAACCAAACUAAUUAUUUGUACCGUAUGACAACCUGUGCUGCGAUCACGACACUCGCCCCCGCUGUCAAUAUCGCGGUCAUCCAAGAAUAUAUCCUACCCAUGAUCAACCAGCUGAUCGAUGACCCAAUCCCCAACAUUCGUUUCAACGUUGCGAAGUCUUAUGGAGUUCUUAUCAAUGUUCUCCGACAGCUCCCCGCCGAAGGAACCUUGGCGAGCCUGCGGCCGGAGGAUGCAAACAAUGGCCCAUGCCCUGCAGGUUUGGAGUUGAUACAGAAGCAGAUCACUCCAAGUCUGGAGAAACUGCAAGGAGAUGAAGACGUAGAUGUUCGAUUUUUUGCGAACCAGGCAUUGGCCAAUCUCGGGGAAUUGAUGCAAACUUCUCCGUAG